ACUGGGAGCCCACCCUGGUGGCGCUGGGCCACUGCAUGCGCAAGCUGUGCCGCUUCGCCGCCGCCGCGGACUGCUACUCGGCCGCCCUGGCGCUGUGCCCCGCCUCGCCCAGCACGCUGGCGGCAAUGGGAUUCGUGGCGCAGCUGGCAGGUGACCCGCGGGUCGCUGUGGAGCACUACCACGCUGCACUAGCUCUCAGACCGGACGACCCCUUUACCACCGACAUGCUGCGAGCGGCGCUUCAGGAGUAUGCGGAGGCUGCGGCGGCAGAGGAGGAGGCAGCGGCUGCUGCAGCCGGCUUUGCACCUGGCCGCUUCUCUGCUUUCGGCUAGGCUGCCGUACAAGCGCGUUGUCGGUGAUAGGAAGAUGCGGUCCAGGCAGAUGGCUGGCAGCAUGGCCAAUGCCUUCUUGCUAGCCGCGUCUGUCGGCCAAUUGCAGUGAUCGUGCUUAAUGGGAUGUUGCUAAUUGCGGGACAGCUAGAGCGGCAGGCAGGAUCGGUGUACACCAGAACUAGCACAAGAGAAUCCAUUUAAUGAACCUAAACAGCAGCAUCGUCGUAAUGCCAAUAUAUGUCUUGCGUCUGCGAGCCCUUGGGCUUUCGCGCAUAUCGGCAUGCUGCAGUCCCUUUAGGGUUCCUGUGACGUGGUUGCGCAAGCGAACUGCAGCGCAGUGCAUAGCGGCUGUCUAACGAGC